AUGCUUGGAUCGCUUUAGUCUGAGUUCGUUUACUUCAACCAAGACCAGUCGAGCAGCCGACGGACGGCAAGAAGCUUCUUAUUCUCUGUAAUCUACGAUAUCAAGAGUAGAGGAGCCUAGUGAUAUUGUCCUUGACUGGUACACUGUGUUGUGAAAGUGUCAUUAAGUGCAGUCGAAUCGGCAGUGUUCGAGAGUGAAGAAAAUCUCAAGAAAAUGCCUUCCAACAGAAUGUUAGACGUUGCUCUUCAGGUCACCGACGACUUCAAUGUGUCCAGUGGAUCAGACAGUGCAGGGGUUUCGGAAGAUGAAGAUGUUCAUUUGUUUACAACAAUCAAUAAUACAAUAUUGUCCAAACCGCUGGCAAAGUCUUUGUCGCAGAAUAAGAAAGACGAACUCAAGACCAGUAAACCUAACGUUAAACGUUAUGCAAGUCUACCGAAUCGUGAGCAACACCAGAAGUUUUUAACUGACUUUUUGUCGGAGGUAUUAAAUGGAGCGGUUUUCAAUGCAACCGAUCGUACGAACAAAGUUCUAAACUGGGUUGAUCCAGAAAAUUUGAAACAAGCCCUUGAUUUGGAAUUAAAAAAUGAUCCAGAUUCGGACGAGAAGUUAUUGCAGCUGGCUAAAGCUAUCAUCCAACAUUCGGUUAAAACUGGUCAUCCUUACUUCAUGAAUCAGUUGUUCUCGUCGUUAGAUCCAUACGGAUUUGCCGGCCAAAUUUUAACAGACGCAUUGAACCCCAGUGUCUACACCUUCGAAGUUUCACCAGUUUUCGUGUUGAUGGAGGAAGUUGUGCUCAAAGAGAUGCGGAACAUCGUCGGUUAUCCAAAUGGGGUUGGCGACGGAAUAUUCUGCCCUGGAGGCUCAAUGGCGAACGGAUACGCGAUCAGCUGCGCUCGCUAUAAUUUCAUGCCAGAAGUGAAGACGAGAGGAUUACAUGCACUUCCGCGGUUAGCGAUUUUCACAUCAGAAGACGCUCACUACUCCAUUAAAAAGCUAGCCUCUUUUAUGGGUAUCGGCUCGGACAAUGUAUAUUCGAUUCGUACUGACACCGUUGGCAAGAUGCGUGUGGAUCAUUUAGAAGCGGAAAUUCUGCGUGCCAAAUCGGACGGAGCCUUGCCGUUCAUGGUUUCAGCAACCUCUGGAACUACAGUGAUCGGAGCAUUCGAUCCCCUGGACCAAAUAGCUGAUCUGUGUCUAAAGUACAAACUUUGGUUACACGUAGACGCAGCAUGGGGCGGUGGUGCUCUUAUGUCUAAGAAAUAUCGGAAACUACUGAAAGGUAUCGAACGAUCAGAUUCAGUUACGUGGAACCCACACAAACUAUUGGCAGCUCCGCAGCAAUGCUCAACAUUCCUGACCCGUCACGAGGCUGUCCUGUCAGAUUGCCAUUCGACGAACGCGACGUACCUGUUCCAGAAAGAUAAAUUUUACGAUACCCGGUAUGACAUUGGAGACAAACAUAUCCAGUGCGGUCGUCGAGCCGACGUCCUGAAGUUCUGGUUCAUGUGGCGAGCUAAGGGUACCUCUGGUUUGGAGCAGCACAUUGACAAAUUAUUCGAAAAUGCCGAAUACUUUACUAACAGUAUUAAAUCCCGAACCGGCUUCGAAAUGGUCGUGGAGAACCCAGAAUGCACUAAUGUAUGCUUUUGGUAUGUCCCGCCUAGCCUUAGGAAUCUGUCCCGAGAUAGUCCUGAGUUCUCCGAACGCCUACAUAAGGUUGCGCCUAAAGUCAAGGAACGUAUGAUGCGCGAAGGCUCGAUGAUGAUCACUUACCAACCAAUUCAUGAUAAACCCAACUUUUUCCGACUUGUGUUGCAAAACUCGUCGUUGGAUAGAUCGGACAUGAAUUAUAUUAUCGACAAAAUCGAGCAAUUAGCCAAUGAUUUAUAAAUAUGAAAAUUAGGCAACAACUUCUUUUGACUUUGAGUGUGUCUUCUAUCUAACUAAUGUAAAUUAUAUAUUUCGCAUUGACUAAUUUAUAUUUAUUUAAUUGCCAUAGGCAUGCCACAAAAAAUUUAAAAGUUAUUGUCCUAUUUUGUUGGACUCAACAAGAAAGUAUUUAUGAUCAUGAGGUAAGGAUUGUUUCUCCCAUUAUCUAUUUUAUUUCAAUUUUUACGUUCACUUUGUCACAUAACUCCAAUUUAUACAUUCGAUCACUUUACUCAACGAGUAUGUAGAUUACGAAUGCUUGCAUUCGAUAUGUGAAAGUCAGAAAUAAAAAUACAAAAAUGAAAAGAAAUGAAUCCAAAAAGUGCAUAACUUCUGUCACUGUUAUAGAGUACAAGAAUAAAGAAUAAAAAGCCCAA